AUGAUCUCGUCUUUUCUUGUGUCCACCCAUAUUCUUUUUGACUUGAGAAGCGAAAACACCACGCUGGCCCGCGAACGUACGCACCACAAUAUGGCUUCUGCUGCUUCGGCAGAGAAGACGACCGAGGACGGGGGCAUCGACUCUGCGUCCGAAUGCCACGAGUCUGAGCACAUGUUGCUUGACCACGAUAACUACAACGACACCAGGGCAAGUCCCGAAAGACGUGGCCAAAGGUGGAAAGGGUUCUGGCUUCUACCGUCCGGCUUCCUCCUCGUAUCAGUUCUGGCCUUCACGGCUGGCUACCUGUACCGCGAACGCGGAUAUGUCAAAUGCAUGUACCAUUACGACAACCCAGACCUGUUGCCCAAGUCGAUCCUGAGCUACCUCCGCUCCGGCGGUGGGCAGUCCGCCAAGGUCUUUGAGCCGACUUGGCAUAUAGGACAGCCGCCCACGGAGCCGUGGGCGCGCCCUCCCGGCCCCGACGUCGAGGCCUUCUGGGACGAGCUGAUGAGGCCGCACAGCUUCCUCAUCACGCGCGAGGACAUGGUCCGCCUGGGCAAGGACCCGGACAGAUACGUCAGCAUCCCGCCCGACUGGGGGUACGGCGACCGCGUGUUCCCGACGGUGCUGGACACGCACCACCAGAUGCACUGCCUCAACGUGCUGCGCAAGAUGAUCUACCGCCACGUCUACUUCCCCAACAUGACGACCCUGGGCGACGGCGAGGCGCGGCACUGCGACCACUGCCUGAAGAUGCUGUACGAGGGCCUGGCGUGCCACAACUCGUGGGACGUGUUCAACAUGAUCUGGAUCGAGGACUACCCCCACCCGGUCGCCGAGAUGUCGAGGUCGCGCCAGUGCCGCCCGCUGGACGACCUGUGGCGCUUCGCCAGGGAGAACAACGUGAUCGACGACGCGCGUCUGCAGCUGCUGAUGCCGUCCCCGGGCGCCUACGCGCACCCGCAGUUCCCGGGGAACAAAAAGGUGCCCAAGGUGAGCGAGGAAGACCUCGACGAGCAGCGCAAGAAGUUCGACGCCGUGCUGGAGCAGUGGAGAUCGACGGGCGAGAUCCCGCGCCAGGGCGAGUUUGCGGGAGACGCUGUCGUCUAA